UUACAUUAACAGCAGUAACAAUAAAAGCAUUGAUUCAAAGUAAAGUUUCAUAUAUCACAAGGAAUAACGAAAAGUUGGAUUUUUUGUACGGAUACUCUGUGGUUUUACCAGCUCUUGAACAAAAACGUCGAAAUUUAGUUCGUUUGUUUUAUCAAGAAACAACUUUUUCUAAAAAGCAAGAUAGGCAGGUACAUGGUUUAUUCUUUACUUCUUCUUCUUCGACGCGAAUGGCAAUUGAAAAGAUAGUCAACCUAUCAAAAGAAUCUUCUAUUCCGGUUGUAAAGGCUGAUAAGCAAGAAUUGAAUCGAUUGGUGGAUAAUCGUCCGCAUCAGGGUGUAGUUUUAAAAGCCUCACGCAUCAAUCCAACUCCUAUAAAAUUUCUUGGAGGCUAUUUCAAUGAAAGUGAUUGGAAAUGA